AAAGCGCGGGCGGGCAUACGGUUGGUUACUUGAUAUUGAUCUGUUUUUGCUCUCUCUGCCUUGGUGUUCAUAAUUUAUGGAGGUUGUAGAGUUAAAGGUUCGUCUACAUUGCAGGGACUGUGAGAAGGCAGUUCGCAAAGCCUUGUGCAGAAUCAAAGGAGUAAGAUGCGUUGAAAUAGAUGUGAUAUCCAACAAGAUCACGGUAUUGGGAUUUAUGGAUCGCAAAAUGAUUGUAAAAGCAGUGAGGAAGACUGGGAGAAGAGCUGAGGUGUGGCCAUCAUCCCCACCAUCCACAUCAAUUUUAUCAAAAUCAUGUUGCCCCGCCCGGGAGCAGCCUACUUCCCCUUCUGGAUUUCGGUGCAUUCUUCCAAGCUGGGCUUUUUAAUUAAUAAAAGGCUUCAAAAUGUAAUGCCAAUAUUCAUGUCUUCAGUUGUGCACGCGAGAAGCUUAUAGCUCAAGUAGUUAAUAGUAUUUACUCAUGUAUUGGAUUAUAAGUUUGCUUUUCC